UCAAGCUUUAAUGCUGGCUUCGUCAUUCUUUGGGACUUCUUUUCGAGAAAUAAAUAUUUUAAGCCCGUCAAAAGUUAUGGUGAUUCUGGACCUGUUCGUUGUUUUUGCGUUAACGCUCGCAGUUAAUAGAGCAAAUUCAAAUGAGUGCAGAGACAUUCUAUUCAACCCAGACAGCAAAGACAAGUAUUUACGUAAUCACAUAAUCAAAACCGUGCCAGUUAAAAGUAAAAUAAGCUGCGAACUGAUUUGCUAUAAUGACCCCAACUGUGUGUCUUACAACUACGGACCAGUUCUGAGUGAGACUCCUCUAUGUGAAGUGAAUAAUAGCACACACUUACAAGCCUCGAGCGGGAAUUUUAUAAACAGAAACGGCUACAGCUAUCGAGGAAUUGAGAAUCCUUGUGGAAGCAGCCCAUGUCAGAGUAAUUCAACUUGUCAAGCUGGGUUUACUUCAAAAGGAUACCGUUGUGUCUGUUCGCAAGGAUUUGGAGGAGAGAAUUGUGAACAAGUCAUUCUGCCUCAGAACUGUUCUGAAGCCCCAAAGGAAACGGGAGUCUACAAAAUUUCUAUUCACGGAUCAGACCCAUUCCCAGUGUACUGCGAUCAAACAAGUGAUGGAGGAGGUUGGACGAUGAUAUUCAAAUACAUUGGAGGAAUGUCUUCUUCACCGACUGGUGAUGCGUUAUGGAGUUCAUUCGACACAUUAUCAGAAAAUCUCAUCGCUGCUUUAGAUACCACCGCAAACUACCAAGGUCACUACAAAAACCGUCUCGUUCAAAGUUGGCAAACUUUUAACCCUCAAGAGGUUCGUGUAGUACUUUACACGAAUGGAGCAGAAGUUAUCUCUAUGAAGUUCAAUGCCAGAGGGACAACUAACCUUGACUGGUUUUCAGAAAAUAAUCUACUUCAGUCACCAUGGACGGAUCUUAAGAACGCGGUAAACAUUUACAUCUUUCGCAUUAAUGGUGACGGGGUACGCAAUUUUGAAAUUACAGCUUAUUACAACGGAUGCCCUAAUGAUGCUGGGUGGUUUUUGAUCACGGGAUCUUACUGUGACUGGGAGAAGUUUCACCUUGUACCGGGAAUUCUGUACAGCAAGAAAACUCACAAUAUUACAUGGAAUAACAACCAAG